AUGUCGGAACCGUCGCCGCGUGGAAAGAAAGAGCGAUCCUCGACGAGGGACAGGAAGGAGAGCAGCAGAAAGGAGGAGGGCGGCAAGGAGCGAGAGCGGUCCUCGACGAGGGAGAGGUCCUCGAGGAAGAAGGAGGAGCUGACCAGCUCGUCGGAAUCGUCGGCGACGGAAGCGCAUGCGGACGACAAAAAGAGACUUCGUUCGGCUUCAUCGCGCAGCCACAAGAGUGACAGCUCGAAGACGCACAGCCCGCGCACGAAGACCUCCGAUCGGGAUGAGAAGAGGGAAGACAAGAAGGAGAAGGGAAAGGAGGUCGCCAAGGAAUCCUCCACCGCCGUAGUCGCCGCUACGAAGAAGGGAGGCGACGAGAGCAGGACCCUGGUCCCCUCAGAGGCCGUGGUGCGGCCCAUUCAGAUCGCGGCCGAUGAGGAGCUCGACGGCGAGGCCGCCCUCUUUGGUCAGCAGAAGGAGGCCCUCUUGAUGCUGCUCGAGGCGCGCAUGCUUCUCACCAAGAUGGUGAGAUGGCGAUGGAUCAAGGAGCAGAACGAAAUCGAGGAGAGGAGGAAGAAGACUCAGGAAGAGAAGAAGAAGAAGGGCAAGCUCAGCGUAACCGAGAUCCAAUCUGUGCUCAAGUCCCAGCCCGAUGGAGAGGACGGCGACUGGACCUCAGAGAUCCAAGAGCUCAAGCGCCAGCUUGUCAUCGAGAUCAGGCGCAACCACGUCCUCGAUCGCGAUCUCCAGAAGCUCGACAAGCGUAUCGGUCUCCUCAUCAAGAACCGCACCACACUUCAGGAUGUGCUGGAGGGUCUGGAGAAGGGAAAGAAGAAGAGCAAGGCCAGGGGCAAGGGCGAGGAGCAGAUCUGGGAUCUCAAGAAGGACCCGCGCAAGAUGGAGUUCUACCAAGAGCUGUUCUACUUGCUGCAAACCGAGCCCAAGUACCUCGCGAAAUGCGUGUACCACGUCCAGCCCGAGCAGAUGGAUUCCUUCCUCGACACUACGAUCCUCACUCUCUACGGUGACGCCUUCUCGCCUCGUGAGGAGUACCUCAUCCUCUCCCUCUUCAAGCUCGCCAUCAAGAACGAGAUCUCGAAGAUCAAUUCGCUCUCCGACUUCUUGAAGGCCAACACCGUGGUGCCGAAGAUGGUGAUCACCUACAACCGACGCAAGCAGGGUCUCGAGUACCUCAGGAGCACCCUCGGCCCUCUGCUGAAGAUCGUGAUGGAGAAGACCGAUCUCAGCUUGGAGCUGCACCCCACCGUCAUCUACCAGUCCAUGAUUAACGAGAUGGAGAUUCGCACCGGCGAGAAAUCGACUCUCGAGAGGAACAUUCCUGAGGAGAAGGCGAUGAGCAACCCCGAGGUGAAGUCGAUCAUGAACCAGCGGCUCAACGCUCUCCAGGAGAUCUGUCAGAUGUUCCUCGACGGCGUCAUCAACUCGAUGAACAACCUCCCCUACGGUAUUCGCUGGAUCUGUAAGCAGAUCAAGCACCUCUCCAUGGACCGCUUCGGCGAGGCCCUCGAUAACGACCAGGUGUUGAAGGUGACGGGUUACUUCGUGUACUACCGUUUCAUCAACUUGGCCAUCGUCACGCCUGAUGCCUACAACGUCGUCGACAAGGAGCUGGAGCCCGUCGUCCGUAAGAACCUGGUCGUCGUCGGUAAGGUGCUUCAGAACUUGUUCAACUUCCGCCUGUUCAGCAAGCAGGAGAAGUACAUGAUGCCCCUCAACGACUUCAUCGAGAAGAACAAGCUCACCGUCGAGCACUACUUCAACUCCCUCGUCAAGGUCGACGACCCCGAGGACCACCUCCAAGUGAACAAGUACAUGGAGCUGACGCAGAAGACCAAGCCCGUGAUCCUCAUCUCGCUUCACGAAAUCUCGGCCACGCACCACCUCGUGCUGCAGAACCUCGACGCCCUCGCCGAGAAGGACGACGAGCUGAGAGUGAUCAUGAAGGAUCUCGGCGACGCGCCUCCUGAGAUUCCCGAGGAGGACGAUCGUGAGAUCCAGCUUACCCUCACCUCCAACCGGUUCAAGGUCGAAGUCGAGGAGGACAAUGAAGUGGAGCGUCUCUACGCCGAAACGAAGGAGCUCAUCAUCCCCGUGCUGCGGACGAUCCCCAUCGAAACGUCCAUCCACCGCCUGCACCUCACCGACGUGCUGGAGUCGGGCAUUCGCUUUGCCGGCGAGACCAACAACAAGCAGCUAUCUACACAAAUCAACAAGAUCCUGGAGAACAUCGCCAAGCUCGAGAAGGAGGGCCGUCUGUCGAAGUCGGAUCGCUACGAGAGCUUCGUGCACGACAUCUCGCUCGAGGUGGCCAACAGGGCGGUCAUUCGAGAGCAACAGAAGAGGGAAAUCGAACGUUUGACCCAGACCCUGACCAACCUCCGCAAGCACCAGGCCUACGUCAAGGAGCAGAUCGCUCAGUACCAGGAGUACCUGCAACAGUGCCGCGAGCAGCACUACCGACCCACCUCGGCGAAGCUCAAGGGCAGCAAGAAGAGCAAGAAGGCCGCCCCGCAGGCCGCCGCCGGCAAGACCAUGGCCGGUCCGUUCAAGUUCAGCUACAAGGACUUGCAGAAGCAGGGCGUGAUCGUUGACUCUGAGGUGCCCGCUCUCUCGCGCAAGAAGACCCAGUUCCUCAUCUCGUCGGCGGAAGUCGGCAUCUUCGACAUCGUCGCCAAGAUCGCUGGUAUCUCUGUCGAGAAGAUGACGCUCGAGCUGGACGAUCUGUUGGAGAGGCACUACAACGGUGUGGAGUACCUCGAGCUCGAGCAGGUGACGCUGGACGUCAACAUGACCAUCCACUUGAUCAACAAGUUCUUCUUGGGCAAGAAGUAA